AUGCCGUCGUCGUCGUCGCCGCAGGCAACGCCCAAAUCUGGGUGGAUACGUGCGCAACGCUCCACGAGUGCGACGCCUGUGAAAACGGGGCGAGAUGAGUGCGUCCUGUUUCCCUGGCAGCAGGACCUGGACGCGCACUUGCCCAAGUAUCGCAAGCUCGCGCACAUGAGUCCUGCGCGCACGCUUCCGACGACACCGCCACCGCGCCGCUAUCGCGCACCACUUAGGCUGGAGCCUGGGUCGGCGCGUGUGGAGCGCAAAGCGGACACCUUUGCCAUGGUGAAAGAGGUGUGGCGUGGCGCUAUGGAUACCCCCUCAGCAGCGACGCCCGCGCCUGCCAGGAAGCCAGAAACGCGACAAGCGCAACAAACGACCUUAGAUGCAUUUACAAGACCCACCACCAAAACUACUCAUGUACCAGAGUCAAGAGCUCUUCCCCCUUCGCCACCCGACUCGCUGUCAUCCUGCAGCACUAUACCCGGCGACUCGGACGAUGAGAUUGCCUCGCCAGCUCGAACGUGGAUCCGUGCUCUCGGAUCGUCGCCGUCAGAAUGGCUGCAUUCGUCACCAUAG